CUGAAUAAACGUAUAUGUACACGCAGUUCGUCUAAACAAUCUUUGAUACAAAUAGAUUCAAAGAAUUUUUGUGGAAAAUCAGUAAAUUUUAAAUGUGCCAUUUGGAAACAAGCACCAUUUAACACACAACCUUAUCGGACGGUUCAAAUUUAAUGAUUUUAAAUGGGAGAUAGCUCAAAUAUACCUCAAAAGAUGCCGGUCCGGCGGCGUUCGUCGUUAUUUCAAUCUGACCAAGGUUCUAUUUCUGCUUCCCCUGUGCCAUACAAACCAAGUUAUGAAAAGCAACUGAAAGAAGAGAUCGAAAGCUGGAACCGACUGGUUCGGGACAAGGUGCACGAAAUCAACGAGUUCAAGAAGAACACCAUCGAGUUAAAUGCUUCGCUACUGUCCGAUGAGCAACGCCGCUACUUGAGUGCGGGCCCAACGGUGGAACAGGUGGCGCAGGAAUCGAAUACUUUCACCCAACUGGUAGAGCGAUACAUUCAACGAAAAUCGUUCCUUGCCAGCCGGUACGAUGCUAUCCUUCAGGAAACCCGCUCCCAGAUGGACAAUACGGCCCUGGACGUCGUGGAGAAUCAGCUGCUUUCGAAGCCAAUUGAUUGAGUCCAACCAUGGUGAUAGUUUCGAUUAAUUUAUUUUUUGCAAUUUGAUGUUAUGAAUUAAAGUAAUGUUUGUAAAGUUUGUAUCCAAAUGCAUUUCUACGAUUAUACUCAAUUACUAACAUUG